GGCGCGACCACUACAAGUUGUAGACUUCAUAUAAUAAAGCUGCACUGCAACACUAGCUUCUAGUACCCAGUUGUGAAUUUCACUACAAGUUUCGGAUUCUCUUCUGGGUUUCUUGAACUGAGCCUAAAGAAGCUGAAGAGCUCAUUGGGUAGUAUAGCUCAAGAUGGAAACAGCUGAGAACUUAAAUUGCAUAUACAGAAACCCAAACGAACCCAUUGAAGCUCGAGUCAAGGACCUCCUUUCUCGCAUGACUUUGAAAGAAAAGGUGGGGCAGAUGACCCAGAUAGAGCGUCAGGUCGCUACACCUUCUGCCAUUAAAGACUUCUCAAUCGGGAGUGUAAUCAGUGGUGCAGGAAGUGGGCCGUUUAGGAAGGCUUUAUCGGCGGACUGGGCCGAUAUGGUUGACGGGUUUCAGAGGUGUGCGCUGGAAACCCGGCUCCGGAUUCCAUUGAUAUAUGGGAUUGAUGCUGUUCAUGGGAACAAUGGAGUCUUUGGUGCGCCUGGUGCCACUAUAUUUCCUCACAGUGUUGGUCUUGGGGCUACCAGAGAUGCGGAUUUGGCUCAAAGGAUUGGUGAGGCAACUGCUCUUGAAGUCAGGGCCAGCAACUAAAGAUUGG